UUAAGGAGGGAUCGAAUUGUUGUUGUUCUUGAGCACAAAAUAUAUGUUUAUAGUUUCAUGGAUCUAAAGCUUCUUCACCAGAUUGAGACUCUAACAAAUCCUAGGGGAUUAUGCUGCCUUUCUCACCAAUCAAAUACAUGUGUUUUAGCUUGCCCAGGUCUUCGUCGAGGACAGGUUCGAAUUGAACACUUUGGGCUGAAUGUCAUGAAGUUAAUUAAUGCUCAUGAUUCUCAUCUUGCAUGCAUCACCUUGACAAUGGAUGGCCUUCUUCUUGCAACUGCUAGUACAAGGGGCACUUUGAUUAGAAUUUUCAAUACGAUGGAUGGGUCUGGCUUGCAAGAGGUGCGAAGAGGAGUUGAUCGAGCAGAGAUUUAUGGCAUUGCACUCUCUCAGAAUGUUCAGUGGCUGGCUGUGUCAAGUGACAAAGGUACUGUUCAUAUUUUUAGUCUUAGAGUUCGCAUGGCUGGGGAGGAUUCUUCCUCUCAUCCUAUUCAAGAGGUAUUACCAAAGUAUUUUAGCUCCGAGCGGUCAUUUUCUCAGUUCCACUUGCCAGAAGACAUCCAAUUCAUUGCUGCAUUUGGAUCCCAGAAUACUGUUAUUAUUGUUGGCAUGGAUGGAAGUUUUUACAGGUGCAGCUUUGAUCCUAUUCAUGGAGGGGAGAUGUUGCAGCAGGAAUAUGUCCGUUUCCUGAAAACAGCGAGCAGGCCUAGAUAAAGCUACCAUUUUUCAUGCCCACAACAUAUUAUUUAUC